UAAUGCGGAUUUACCUCUUCCGGAAAUCGGGGUCCGGUCCCCGGAUUUGAUGUUAGACGCGGAAGCACGUUAUCCGGUGUUCGUUGAGUUUUACCGCCAUUAAAAGGUUGCACUGAAAACUCGGACGAUCUUUGUGUUGUUAUUGAAGAACACAGCCAGCCAUCCGGCAUAACAAGUGGUGUCAGAAGUGGGAUUUUGCUUAUACGCCCUGCAGGGAGUCCAAAACCCGUUUCUUUUUGUGUAAUGUAUUGCAAUUCGUACCUCAAAGUGGACAGAGGUCUGCUACAGAGGUCGGAGAAGGAUCUCGUAGACUACCUUAAAUCACACAACGUGACAAUACCACCUCACGAGGCUGAUUUGACCCCCCUGCUAGUAUCCGACAGCAAAGGAAAGCGCCUUGCAGUGGUACACAGGGGCAGUAAUCCAAAACUUCCGAUACAGUUCUCAUGUAAAGGUGGUGCAAACUCAUCAACCCUAGUAUCCCUACUAAAAGAACAAAUUCCCAUCCUCAAGCAGAAAUUUGGUAAACCUGUUUAUGUUUAUUUCUGGGCUGGUACAUGCGACAUAACCUCAAAGCAAGGCUGUUAUAUAAACAUUUCUGGUACCUGUGUUAACACUAUACACAAAAUUAUCAACUGCUACAAAAGAGCGAGGGACUACACAAUAAAACAGGGGUGCAAAAUUCAAUUUAUUGGAGUACCUGUUUAUUCGGUUAGCCUUUACAAUGAUAUCCAAGGUCACCAUAAUCCGAGCAAGUUUCUAGAAACAGAUGCUGAAGUUGCCAGCCAGGUACACUUCUUGAACUCUCAAAUUGAACUUCUCAACACAGAACUUGGUACCACAACACUUAAAUUCAAUGCUGAUCUUCGUGAUUGUCGAAAAAAGGGAAAAGAGCGAUAUUUCAUAGAAUUAUUGGAGGACGGUCUCCACCCUGGGGAACUCUUGGCGAGGAAGUGGUUUAGGCGACUUGAAUUAAAUAUUGUGAAAACUUGUUUUGUGGACCAGGACAUUUUGGAAGUCCACGUCGACCAACAGGAACUGUUACAGUUAGCAUUUGAACAAAAUGUGUGAUAAAGAACAAGAAGUCACACCAGGGGAAGGAGAGUCUUCAGUUGACACUGCGUCAGCUGCGGCAUAUGAUAUGCUUCAAUUCGUAAUGAAAAGUUUUGAUGAGCAGCGUGAUACACAAAUGAAGAUGUUUCGGCAAACUAUGGUGGAGUUUGAAGACGAAAAGAAACGAAGCUUCGAGGCACAAAGUGAAAUGAUGAAGUCCUUCAUGCAAGAGACACGUCAUGAUAUUCAAAAUGCCAUAGGACAUCAAGCACCGCUUGCACAGAGUACAUUUUCAUCUAUGGGUCCACAACAGGAAUUUGGAAGGUCGACAGACAGAGGAUCGUUUGGUGGUUUUGACGAAGAACUCCGGGUGAUCCAGGAUAGAGAACGCUCAUAUUCAAGUCCAAACUUAAAUGGACAGAACUCUGCACUAUCCAGUACCCCCUCAUUGGAAAGACAGGAUAUGGGACGUAUGCUGAACAGACAUCAAGGAAAGGGUCCUCAAACAAAACUUCCAGUGUUUGAGGGAAAGGAGGAUAUAGAGGUUUUUAUUGUUCCCUUUGAACGGUUAGCAGAGCGUUAUAACUGGACAGACAAUGAGAAAGUGGACAGACUCUACGAAUGUCUAAAAGGAAGGGCCAUGUGGUACAUCUGCUCCUUACCAAGGGAGAUGAGAAGAGAUUACAGGAAUCUAAAGGAUAGUCUGAUCAAGCGGUUCGGACGAAGAGACCCACCCACAACAGCGAGAUCAAAAUUACACGAAGUAAGGCAACGCAGCCUAAGUAAUGACGAAUUUGGGGAAGAGGUUUGGCGCCUAGUUACCCUUGCUUAUCCUAAUGUAGAUCUCGACUUGCAAGAUCAAUUGGCUGCAGAGGCAUUCCUCAAGGGGUACAAGAACCCCAAGGUAUCUUAUGAUGUGUUGAACAAGAAACCAAAAACUAUCAAUGAGGCUAUUGAAAUGGUUACUUCACAAGAACAUAACUUCAAAGCCACCAUCGGUAGGGAGAAAGAGAUACGAGACAAGGCUCGGCGCGUUUCAUGGGCUGAUGGGGCUGGUGUAAAAAAUGUCUCCGAUGACGAAGAAGCGUUGAAUACACAGCGUGUUCAACUGCCAAACACUGCCUUAGAGUCGGACAACCUCAGUAAAUUAGAUGUUCGGAUGAAACAGCUUGAGGAUCUUGUUCGGAAUAGCUCGCUAGAGUGUCGCGCAAGAUUCGACCAGUUAGGGAACGAACGCCAAAGUGGGUUUAGCAAGGAAGGAAAGGAAUGUUACAGAUGUGGUGGUAAGGGACACUUCCAAAGAGAUUGCAGCUCUAGGAGAUCAAGAUCGCCCACACCACCGAACAGUCCCCGUUCUCGCUCACCACAGCAUGAUGUUAAGAUCACCCGGACCAAUAGGACAGAGAAAAGCAUUAUCGUCCCAGUAACGGUCAAUGGAACAACAACUGAAGCGGUUAUUGAUACUGGGGCCGACGCCACAGUCAUCUCUGAGAAAUGGGCAAAUGAAAUAAAUUUGCUGUAUGCUAAGCCAAAGAAAGAAAUUCGUCUAAUGACAGCUGAGGAUGGUGCAGAGAUGACAGGAUUAGGUGUAGUCACUGCGACUCUCCAAAUUGGGGAAGAGGUGAGGGAAUUACCAGUUGUGAUAGCUCCUAUCAGAGACAACAUACUGGUGGGCAUUGAUCUACUCCAAUCUGUACAGGCCAUUAUCCAUACUGGAGAAAAGAACCUGGAAGUCAACGGAAAAGUAAUCCCAGGACACUCUCAGUUGAACAGAUCUGGGACUGCUAUUGCCAGGAGUAUAGUUAGAGUACAUGCAGAUGUUGUGGUGCCACCAGGAAGUGAGAAAAUAAUCAUCGGAAGAUUGGAGACACCAUCAGACACUUCUCAAGCAAUACUGGAGGCAUUCAAUCAUCAAAGCGGAAUGCGAGUUGGGUCAUGUCUUGUCUCUAUGAAUCAAACUAUUCCUGUGAGAGUUCUCAACCUGAAGGAUAGCGAGAUUAAACUCACAAAUGGCACAUUUCUAGGAAAAGUUGAGGAAGCUGACCUAGCUUGGGACCCAAAUAUGAGCAGGGAGCCUUCCGUAAACACCAGUGUCGAGCCAGAACAUUUACAAGAGGCCCCUGGGACAAACGGAGAGGUUCCGUUGCAUGUACAGGAUAUUUUUGAAGAGUCCUCAAAAGGACUGUCAUCAAAUCAAAAAGAGGAUCUCUGUAUGCUGCUGAAUGACUUUCCUGAUAUAUUUGCUAAGGAUGACUACGACCUAGGCAGAUUCAGCGGAGUCAGACAUAAGAUUGACACAGGUGAAAACAAACCUAUACGUCAACCCGCAAGAAGGACACCAUUGGGUUUUCAAGCUGAGGAGGACGCCCAUCUACAAAAACUUCUUGACACUGGUGUUGUCAUUCCAUCUAGUUCUGAAUGGGCAUCACCGGUAGUACUUGUUCGCAAGAAAGAUGGUGGUGUGCGUUGGUGCAUAGACUAUCGAAAGGUGAAUGAGGUCAGUGUAAAAGAUGCUUACCCACUUCCAAAAAUUGAAGAGUGCCUUGAUACGCUUAGUGGUGCGACUCUAUUUUCCACCGUAGACUUAAUGAGUGGCUACCACCAAAUUGAAGUUGAUGAGAUGGACAGAUCAAAGACCGCCUUUGUCACCAAACAGGGGCUCUUUGAGUACACCAGAAUGCCUUUUGGCUUAUCCAACUCUCCCUCAACUUUCCAGCGUGCAAUGGAGCUCGUACUUAGAGGGUUUCAGUGGGUCAUACUUCUUAUUUAUCUGGACGAUGUGAUAGUGGCAUCCAGGUCUUUUGAAGAACAUAUGCAACAUCUGCGUCAGGUUUUCUCCCGGAUACGUGAACACGGUCUGAAGCUGAAAGCCAAGAAGUGCCGUUUGUUUCGUGAGGAAGUCCUCUUCCUGGGACACAUUAUUAACGGUGAUGGAAUCUCCACCAAUCCAAAGUUGGUAGAUGACGUCCUGAAUUGGCCUGUGCCAAGCAACUGUAGGGAGCUUCAGUCUUUUCUAGGACUUACCAACUACUACAGACGGUUCGUUCAAAAUUAUGCAGAGAUCGCUCUGCCACUGCAUGACCUCACACGGAAGGAGGUAAAAUUUGUAUGGGAAGACCGUCAGUGUGAGGCAUUCGAGGCCCUGAAGAAGGCAAUUACCACUGCUCCGAUAUUGUCAUACCCGUUGGAGAAUUGCAAAUUUGUCAUAGAUACGGAUGCUUCUAACAGGAGUAUAGGCGCCGUUCUUUCGCAAGUCCAAGAUGGGGAGGAGAAAGUUGUUGCAUAUGCAAGUAGAAGACUGACCCCUGCACAGGAGAAAUAUUGUGUGACACGACGCGAACUUCUUGCAGUUGUUGCUUUCUGCCAGCAUUUCAAACAUUAUCUUCUUGGCCGGAGGUUCUUAUUACGCACAGACCAUAGCAGUUUGUCAUGGCUUUUCCGAUUCAAGUCACCACAGGGACAGCUGGCGAGAUGGCUAGAGGAGGUCAGUCAAUACUCUUUUGACAUCGAACACCGUGCUGGGAAGCUGCAUGUGAACGCUGAUGCCAUGUCACGGAUUCCGGAUCACGAUUCGUGCCCUUGCUACUUCGCGGGUGCCACCGUUGAAACUCUACCCUGUGGAGGAUGUAUGUACUGUGCAAAACUACAGACUGCGUGGGAAAGAUUCGAGGAGGAUGUUGACGAUAUUGUGCCUAUAGCUGUUCGUUCGGCGGAGGUAACUGCUGUCGAAAAACACUCUGAGACCGGAGAGGACUCUAAUACGAAGGACGAUAUUCCUCAAUGUAACUGGCUACAGACCAAAAGUCCGAUGGAACUUCACGAAGAACAGAUGCAAGAUGAGGAUCUAAAACAACUGUAUUCAUGUGUGGCCAACAGCGAGACAGUUCCUCUGGGUGAGGCGCAAGCAAGAAGUCCUGCUCUGCGGAAGUAUCUACUAACCCUUCAGCAGUUCAAACUGAUACACGAUGUUCUCUACUACCAGUGGGAGGCAAAUGGACAGGAGUCACUGCGACUCCUGGUUCCAUUCCAGAUGAGAAAAGAGAUCAUGCAGGCAUGUCAUGAAGCUGUUUACUCCGGUCAUCAAGGGGAGAAGAGAACUCUGGAACGAGUGAAGAAAGACUUUCACUGGCACAACAUGUCGAUGGAUGUGAGCAUAUUUGUUCGGAAAUGUCAUGUAUGUGCCGCUGAAAAGAAGAGUAGUAGAACUAUGAGAGCACCUCUUCAGACCUACAUCUGCGGAGCGCCAAUGGACAGGAUACAAUUGGAUGUCGUGGGGCCUUUUCCUAUUAGUGAUGCUGGGAACAAAUACAUACUUGUCAUCAUCGACCAGUUCACGAAGUGGGUCGAGGCUUACCCAAUCACACAACAGGACAGUAACACGACAGCAAAAAAACUGGUCCUGGAGUUCAUCUCUAGAUUUGGCGUACCCCUGGAGAUCCACACGGAUCAAGGACGAAACUUCCAAAGCGCCCUGUUCAAGGAAGUAUGCCGGUUACUCGGAAUCGCACAAACCAGGACUACGCCCUAUCACCCUUCAUCUAAUGGUCAGGUUGAGCGGUUUAACCGCACGCUGUUGCAGAUGAUCAGGUGUUAUCUAGAUCAUGGCCAGGCGCAUUGGGAUGAGAACAUUCCCCUUCUUCUGUCUGCUUAUCGAAGUACGCCACACCCUGCGACAGGAUUUACACCAAACCUGUUGAUGCUGGGUAGGGAGGUCCAUUCUCCUCCCGAGCUGAUCUACAUGGAUCCGGAUAUUUCGCGUUCCUCUGAUGACGCACCCACCUACCUCGACCGGAUGUUAGAGGGUAUGCACAUUACAGAGGAAUUAGCUAGGAAAACAUUGAGGGCUUCAAAGGUACAUCAGAAAAAAGUAUAUGAUCUACGGGCUAGGGGAAGAGAGUACCACGUCGGGGAUCUUGUAUACGUGAAGAACCAAUCACGAUCUGUUGGACAAUCUCCGAAACUCCAAUCUGUUUGGAAUGGUCCUUUUGUGAUCACCAAGAAAUUUGGUCCGGUCGUGUAUGAGGUCCGUGGCCGCAAGAAGGCUUCAGUUCUUCACCAUGACCGGCUAAAACAAUAUUUGUCUGAGGUCAUCCCGGCCUGGGUUACCAAGAUAAAGCAUGAUCUUGGUACCUCCUCUCUCCCAACGAUUGCUGAGGAAGACCAUCUUCCAACCAUGGAUAAGAAGUUCGGGACAGAGGAAAACCACCACGAGUCGCAGAACAGCCAACAAUCGCUGAAAGCCAGUUUACCAGAGGAAGAGCCAAAGACACCUGUGCCAACUGGGAUGUGUUCACAGCGAACCAUCUCAGAUGAACCAUCCCGGUCCUCGCGUUACGGCCGGGCAUAUAAGCAGCCUACCAAGCUUGACCUUUAGCAGGAGCUAAAGGAGCCUGGAAGGGGGUGGUGUAAUGCGGAUUUACCUCUUCCGGAAAUCGGGGUCCGGUCCCCGGAUUUGAUGUUAGACGCGGAAGCACGUUAUCCGGUGUUCGUUGAGUUUUACCGCCAUUAAAAGGUUGCACUGAAAACUCGGACGAUCUUUGUGUUGUUAUUGAAGAACACAGCCAGCCAUCCGGCAUAAC